AUGGGGCGAUUCAUGAAUACUACACCAACAGUGACAGAUAUCGUUGCGAUUAUCGAGCGACCUGGAGAAUGGCGAGAAAACAUGGCCAAUGCCAUUAUUGCCAGCAAGUUGACCCUUCCCGAGGUCCAGAGGCAGGCAAUUCACAAGGCAACCCGAUGGAAACAAGGCGCAGAGCUUCUGCAGUACUGGGGAUUUUCCUACGGUACGGUCUUGGGGGCGACCUUUGCAGCUAUGUACCCUCAUCGUGUUAAGCUCUUGAAGAGCCAGAGCAGAUGGAUGGCCGACAUCUGGGCCUCUUUUCCAGUGCCUUGCUGGGGAUGGAAAACUCGACCGAAAUGGAGAUACGAGGGACCUAUUAGCGGGAGCCCGGCCCACCCUAUUCUAUGGAUUGGAAAUACCUUGGAUCCAGCUACUCCACUUAGGAACGCGUACAAAAUGGCAGCCAAGUUCUCCGGCUCCGUUGUCCUCGAACAAGAUUCUGCGGGUCACUGUACCUAUUCGCCCGGUUCGACAUGUAUAGCCAAAAAUGUCCGCCGAUACUUUCACACCGGAAUACUUCCUGGCAUAGGAAAUAGGUGUGGUCCUGACAAAAGACCUUUUGGUAUUGCAUAG